AUGCCCGAGUUUGUGCUCUUCGGUGAUUCGCUCACCGAGUGGGGCUUUAGCGAGGCUACGCAGGGCUUUGGCCGCUUCCUCCAGCAGCAGUACCGGUACAAGGUGGGCAUUGUGAACGAAGGUAGGGUCGGGCUCGACUUGGUAAUGCGCUUUGAAGAGCCCGCCGCCGACAUGGCAGCCUUGUCCGCAGAGCAACCCGAGAUUGUACUAUUCGGCGCCUCCAUGACCGAGUGGAGCUUCACACGGGAGACGCACGGCUUCGGAUGGUAUCUGACAGACAAGUAUGUCGGCAAGGCCAGGGUUGUCAAUGAAGGCAGAGCAGGCUACACCAGCUCCAGUCUACAAGACGACUUUGCCCGCGUAAUACGGCGCGCCACAGCCCCAGACGCACCGCAAACCCUCCUCUUCACAAUCUUUGUCGGCGCAAACGACGCCUGUGUGUUCGGCGACACCGAAAAAGUGCCCUGGCCCGUCUUCUCGGAAAACAUCCGUGGCUUCCUCGACACCAUUCUCACCGAGCAGGCCAUGGAGAAUACAAAGAUUGUGCUCAUCACGCCGCCGCCCAUCAAUGGACCCGCUGACGACGGCGAGCGGCUGUCGCAAAAGCAGAUUGAGGACAUGAAUCGCGCCAAGAAGGAAUGGCCGCGGUACAAGACGUACAUGAACAAGAAGCGCUAUGCAGAGGGACUCAUGCAGAUUGCAAAGGAAUACGAGGAGACGGAGAGGGUCGCGGGGCUGAACUUUUGGCAGCUCAUUGUGGACGCGCUGAUGAAAGAAGAGGGCUGGCAGUAUGAUCCAGAGCUGCCGCCGGGCUGCGGACUCAUUGGGGCAAAGUCGUUCCCCAAGGGCUGGUUCACCGAUGGGCUGCAUCUAGAUGUCAAGGGCUAUGCAGUGCUGAGCAAGGGGCUGUUUAAGCUCAUCACGACAAAGUGGCCUGAACUCGCACCAGAGAAGCUAUAG